CAAGAGGAUGUUUCGUUUCGGAUGGGUUAGCUAUAAAGACGAAAAAAAUUUCAGAACAAUUGUUAACGGAUGAAAUUCAUACCUUACCAGAGCCUCUGGAUUUCGAUAUAAAGGUCCAAAAAUCAACCGAAUCACCAG